GUAUAUGUAUGCGUCAUUGCCAGUCAUCAGUAUAUAAGACUGCAGGUAUUAUUCUCACAGGCUUGGGUUCUUGUGUCAAAUAGUCAUUUUCCUUGCUAAAUGCAGGCCAACCCUUGCUGCUUUUAUAGAAAGGCUCAGGAACACAGUAGGGGAACGGUCCACUCCACACUCCCGGGCUCACACAGGACCGUUCCUAUUGCAGUUCCUCCACCUUGUUCCACAGACACUAGAAGAUUUCUGCUAAUAUUCUGAGAGUACGGUGGACACACCUCU